AUGUGGGGCCCAGAAAUGAGCAAAAUGUCACUGGCAUCUGGGGACAGCCAGUCCCCGAGGUACGCGGCGACAGAAGCCGCAUGGCAGUGGGAGGAGGGAGCAAAACACACUUUUUUUCUUAUUACAUUGCGGAAACGCAUCUCUUUCGUUGGGUGCAUGACGCGGCUCUACUUCUUCAGCUCCCUGGUGUGCACCGAGCAUGUGCUUCUGGCCUCCAUGGCCUACGACCGCUACGUGGCCAUCUGCCACCCGCUGCGCUACCACGUCCUCUUGACCCCGGGGCUGUGCCUCCAGCUGGUGGGCUUCUCCUCUGUGAGCGGCUUCACCAUCUCCAUGAUCAGCGUCACGUUCUGCGGCUCCAAAGUCUUGAACCACUUCUUCUGUGACAUUUCCCCCAUCCUCAAGCUGGCCUGCACGGACUUCUCCACUGCAGAGCUGGUGGAUUUCAUCCUGGCCUUCAUCACUGUGUUUCCGCUCCUGGCCACCGUGCUGUCAUAUGGGCACAUCACCCUGGCUGUCCUGCGCAUCCCCUCGGCCACCGGCCGCUGGAGAACCUUCUCCACCUGCACCUCUCACCUCACCGUGGUCACCGUCUUCUACAUGGCUAUGAUUUUCAUGUAUGUCCGGCCCCAGGCCAUUGAUUCCCAGAGCUCCAACAAGCUCAUCUCUGCCAUGUACACUGUUGUCACACCAAUAAUUAACCCUUUGAUCUACUGCCUUAGGAACAAGGAAUUUAAGGACGCCUUGAAAAAGGCCUUGGGCUUGGGUCAAACUUCACACUAA